AUGACUGCCCUGAUGGAAGAAUAUGGGCGAAAAACAAGGAUGGACCGUACCAAAUUGCACAGGAUCAAGACGAUGCUCCCGCGACUGUUGAAAAAAACUGUCUCGCAUAGUAGCACCUCUACGCAGGCUAGCUCCCCAGCUUCCUGCGACUCCUUGGAUAACGAUACCGCACAGUCUAUUUUGUCAUUAAAUGAUUUUGCCGACGCUUUCGAAAAACUCCCUCCCCACUGGGAAGUCCGCUACGAUCCCGUUCUACAGCUGUAUUACUAUGUCAAUUUGCACGAAAAUAUUUCGCAGUUUGACAGUCCGCUCGAGGUCGUCAAACAUUUAAUUCAUUAG